ACAUCACGAGAUCAUCAUUCCAAAUUCGACUAAAAUUUUUAAAUACGAAAGACUGGGUUAUUUUUUAUCGUGCGGUCAGCGCCGUGUAGUGCUGUAUAUCGAUCAAAUUUCGCCGCCGGUAGUGUUGUCAAACUCUAAAUUCUAGCUGUUGUUAUUCCAUUCUCGAAAGAAGGAGAGAAACACGCACAUUUUCUACAUAGAACGAAAAAAUAAAUUGUACGGAAAGAACACAAAACAAUCAAAAAAUAAAUAGACAUGCCGCGACCCCCGAAAAGAGCUCAUGUGGACGAGGAGGAUCAGGCCCAAGCAGAUCAGCCGGAGGAGCAAUGUGCUUCAAAAGACAUCGGGGCAUUCACAAACCAAGCUUUCAAAAACGUGGUGGCCGCCACUAGGGCCGCCAAUGCCUUUCCCCAGGGAACCGCCCGCUCCCUUUAUUUAAGUUACCCGGGCUACGCACGUGUCAUGGACGAAAUGUCCCAACGGGUGGUCGGGCUCAUCGGAAAUGUGUUCCAGGCCAAGGAGAUCAAGGGCGACAUAAAGAAGCGACAACUGGAAGAGCAGUUUGAGAUGGUGCAGGAAUGCAAUGACAUGCUGUUUGAGCGCAUUACCACCAACCUGGACAUCAAGAGCGGUCUGCGCAGGAAUCCCCAACAGGUGUUGGAGGCCCAGGUGGACGUGAUGAGCAACUCCACGCACGCAGAACCACCAGUUGCUUCUCCACAAACUCAGGAAACUUCAAAAGCGGGCAGCUGGAACAGGACGACAGGAACGCCGCAACGCAGCAUGGUUUCUGCUCGUCUCUUCACAGCCAAAAACAUUGUUCGCCCGCAGACGCAGUUUAAGGAGCCUGUGGACAACAGUUCGCAAAGUCCGUUCGUCCCCAGGCUCAAGGAGAAACCCAACUCGCUGAAGCCGUUGGCCCUUUUGCCCGAAUACGAUGAUGCAGGCAAUGUCCAGUCCUAUCUGCAUCCAUACGAGUUUGAGCUGCUUAAGUUUCAGGCUCCGCCGCAGCAAAUGCAAAAGCAGAAGCCAGUGCUUCCAGCUCUCAUGGCAGACACUGAACUGAUGGUGGUGGACACGGUUGAGAAGCUGCAACAGGCCUUGGAGGAACUAAGGCAUGCGCCACAGAUCGCCAUCGAUGUGGAGCACCACUCCUACCGCACCUUCAUGGGCAUUACUUGCCUGGUCCAAAUGUCCACUCGCUCCAAAGAUUAUAUUUUUGAUACCCUUACCUUGCGGGAUGACAUGCAUAUACUGAAUCUGGUUCUCACCGACCCCAAGAAGCUUAAGAUCCUGCACGGCGCCGAUUUGGACAUUGAGUGGCUGCAGCGGGACCUAUCGUUGUAUAUCGUCAACAUGUUCGACACACAUCGGGCAGCCAAGGCUUUAAAUUUGGCCAGGUUAUCAUUGGCCUUUCUGCUGAAACACUACCUGGAUUUGGACGUGGACAAGAGCCUGCAACUGGCCGAUUGGCGGAUGAGGCCGUUACCUCAGCAAUUGGUGGACUACGCCCGCCAGGAUACCCACUUUUUGAUAUACGUUUACGAACGGAUGACAAACGAUUUGCUACAGCAGCAGGCGGAACCGGGAUUGCUGGGUAGCGUCUAUCAAAUGAGCACGGAAGUGUGCAAGAAGCGGUAUAGCAAGCCCCACAUUGGACCGGAAUCCCACAUGGAUUUGGUGCGGAAAACGAAGCGUUCUUUCGACAACCGCCAGUUGCAUGCGCUUCGCGGAAUCUUCGAGUGGCGCGAUGCGACGGCGCGGUCGGAGGACGAGAGCUAUGGCUACGUUCUACCCAACCACAUGAUGCUCCAAAUCGCCGAGAGUCUACCAAGGGAGAUGCAGGGCAUUCUGGCCUGCUGCAAUCCUAUCCCGCCACUGGUGCGCCAGCAACUACACACGCUCCACCAGAUCGUCCUCAAGGCGCGCGAUCAGCCGCUGGUCAAACCUAUUUUAGAGGCCCGCAGUAGUACACAGGCAUCGCUGCCGCCUUCGACCAAGGACUUCAGCAGCAAGCUCUACUGUCCGCAUGACUUUUCGCAUCAGGAGGAAGUCCGCGAUGAUUUGCCCACGCUGUUAAAUCGCAGUUCUACUUCAGGGAAGCUAGAGCUACCCAGAGAGGAGGAUGUUCCUAAGGAAGAUCUGGCCAUCGUGGCACCAGCAAUGGCUUUGUUCGACAAGCCUGGCAAGCCAACUCAAGAAGAGGAGCUGCGCUGGGCCCAUCUUCGCAAGGAGAGCCAAACCCUCCGAUUGCCCUAUAAACGCUAUCUUGCCAUUCUGCCGUUGAUGGAGCAGCUGAAGGCGGACCAGAUCGCCAGGGAGCGCAGUGAGCUGCUCAAGAGGCGUUUGUGUCCGGCAGCACCAGCUCCAGAGCAAAAUAUAAAACUGGAAGCACAUACCAUCAAACAAGAGGUGGAUGACAUGUACUCUGUCCCUCUAAAGGAACACCUGAAACGCAAGCACCAAACUAGCAACAAAACGGAUACGGAUCAUCAGCCAACUACCGGUAAGAGACCCCGCAAGGAUGAGAAUUCACAACCUAGAGUCGAACCAGAACCGACGGUGAAAAUGAAACCCGCGACAACAGUUCAACCGGUUCCAGAUCAUAGCGAUGACGAAGUCGUAGAGGUUCCAAUAGAAAGGCAGUCCGCAGAGCAAACGAAACCUUCGCCAGCACAGAGUAAGCGGCAGCAGAAGAACAAGCAAUUUCAGAGGGGUUUUAAGGCCAAGAAUCGAGGAAAUCAUCCGCAGAGCUCAAGUCAGCAAAUUCCGCAGAUUCCAAAGCCCAAGGCUGAAGGUAACUUUGACUACAAAAACGUGGACUUCCGGCAAUUUAAGGGCGGAGCGCAAAGAGCCCGAGGAACAGAAAUCAAACAUCAAAUGCGCGGAAAGAGCCGUCCCAACAACCGCAACAACAAGCAGUUCAACAAGCUAUUUACUUUUAGUAAUGUUAGGAAAGAAGGGAAGAAAUAAACUGCAACAAUAACGAUAAUCCUAAAUAUAUAUAUAUUUGAGACAUAUAUAUUUAAGAUGUGGACUUAAUAGAAAUUAUUAAAAAAAACACCAAAAGUGAAUAAGACAAGUGUUUAUU